AUGUCGUGGGGCUCCUGGCUUCAGGCAAUGACAGUCGCGCUUGCAGCCGAGUUGGGCUUCAAGUCGUACGCCGUGCGAACGGUGAUUUCGGGAUGGGACGAGAGUUUCAACUCAAUCACCGGCCUCAACGGUUCCGGAAAGUCCAAUAUUCUGGACGCCAUCUGCUUCGUUCUGGGUAUUACGAACAUGACCACAGUCCGAGCGCAAAAUCUCCAAGAUCUCAUCUAUAAGCGCGGCCAAGCCGGUGUCACGAAAGCGAGCGUCACGAUUGUCUUCGAUAAUAGGGAUAAGAAGAAGUCGCCCAUCGGUUUCGAAGAAUAUGCGACGAUCAGCGUUACUCGACAGAUCGUGCUCGGCGGCACCUCCAAAUACCUCAUCAACGGACAUCGCGCACAACAACAAACAGUUCAAAACCUAUUCCAGUCCGUCCAGCUCAACAUCAACAACCCCAAUUUCCUGAUUAUGCAGGGUCGCAUCACCAAGGUUCUCAACAUGAAGCCCGUCGAGAUUCUGGCCAUGAUUGAGGAGGCCGCCGGAACGAGGAUGUUCGAAGACAGGAGGGACAAGGCACUGAAGACCAUGGCCAAGAAGGAGAUGAAGCUUCAAGAGAUUACAGGGCUGUUGAAAGAAGAGAUCGAGCCCAAACUCGAGAAGCUGCGGACGGAGAAGCGCGCAUUCCUCGACUUCCAGCAAACACAGAACGACCUCGAGCGCCUGACGAGAGUGGUCGUUGCACACGACUACGUGCGAUACCAAGAGAAGCUUGAGCAGUCCGCAGCAGAUCUGGAAGGCAAGAAGCAAAGACGAAAGGACCUCGAGGAGUCGGCCACACGGUUAAAGAGCGAAAUUUCCCAUCUCGAAGAGGACGCCAAGCGGGUGCGCGCACAACGCGAUAAAGAGCUCAAAAAGGGAGGAAAGGCACAAGGCCUGGAGGAAGCUGUCAAGAAGCACUCGAACGAAAUCGUCAGACUAGCGACGGUCAUGGACCUCAAGAAAUCCAGCAUGGCCGAAGAGAAGGAAAAGAAGACCGCCGUGGAAAAAACAGUGUCUGAACUGGAAGCAACAUUGCAAAGCAAGACCCAGGCAUACGAGGACAUUAAGGCCAAGUUCGACGCUGUCAAGGACGACCUUGAGAAGCAAACCCAGGACGCCGAGUCCAAGGAGGAACUGCUGCAAACGCUGCAGACUGGUGUUGCCUCGAAGGACGGCCAAGAAAGCGGUUACCAAGGUCAACUUCAGGACGCCAGGAAUCGCGCAACUGCGGCCGUAACUGAGCAGGAGCAAGCCAAGAUGAAGAUUGCCCAUCUCGAAAAGCGCAUCAAGGAGGACGAGCCACGGGCCAAAAAGGCAAAGGAACAGAACGCCGAUCUCCUCAAAGAUCUCGAGGGUUUGAGAUCUCAGGCCCAGAAGCUUGAGAAGGAGCUUGGCAAGCUUGGCUUCCAACCUGGCCAGGAAGAGGAGCUGUACAAGCAGCAAUCUGUUCUGCAGCAACAGAUCCGUGGCCUGCGCCAGGAGGCUGACGGUCUGAGGCGCAAGGUUGCCAACAUCGACUUCAACUAUGCCGACCCUGUUCCCAACUUUGACCGGUCCAAGGUCAAGGGUCUCGUCGCUCAACUCUUCACCCUCGACAAGCAGCACACGCAAGCCGGCACGGCUCUGGAGAUUUGUGCAGGUGGCCGUCUCUACAACGUCGUCGUUGAUACCGAAGUUACCGGUACUCAGCUGCUGCAAGGAGGAAAGCUUCGCAAGCGUGUGACCAUCAUUCCCUUGAACAAGAUUGCCGCCUUCAAGGCAUCCGCACAAGCCAUCGCGACCGCGCAAAGGAUUGCUCCGGGCAAGGUUAACCUGGCUCUGUCACUUGUUGGUUACGACCACGAGGUGUCUGCCGCUAUGGAGUACGUCUUCGGCAACACUCUCAUCUGCGCGGAUGCGGACACUGCCAAGAAGGUUACCUUCGACCCCAAUGUCAGGAUGAGGAGUAUCACGCUCGAGGGAGACGCCUACGACCCGUCCGGAACGCUGUCUGGUGGUAGCUCUCCUAACUCUAGCGGCGUUCUCGUCACUCUGCAGAAGCUUAACGACAUCACUCGCCAGCUGAAGGAAGCUGAGGGAUCCUUGCAGCAGCUCCAGCACACCAUCGCAAGUGAAAAGUCGAAGCUCGACCACGCUCGCAAGAUUAAGCAGGAGCUCGAUCUCAAGAGCCACGAGAUCAAGCUCGCCGAGGAGCAAAUCAGCGGCAACUCUUCCUCCUCCAUCAUCCAAGAGGUCGAGAACAUGAAGGAGACAAUCGCUCAGCUCAAGACCGACACCGCUGAAGCCAAGAAGAGGCACGCUGAAGCCACGGCCGACGUCAAGCGGAUCGAGAAGGACAUGAAGGACUUCGAUAACAACAAGGACGCGAAGCUCGUCGAACUCCAAAAGUCCCUCGACAAGCUCCGAGCCGACCUGGCAAAGAACUCCGCCUCGGUGAAGGCGCUCCAGAAGGACGUGCAGAGUGCCCAGCUAGACUCAGAACAGGUCGCCGGCGACCUGUCCGCUGCCCGCGAGCAGCUCCAAGAAGUUGAGGUGGCCAUCAAGGCCCAGGAGCAGGACAUCGAGGAUCUCGUUAAGCAACAAGCCAGCUUGCAAGACACACUCGACGGCGUCCAAGCCGAGUUGGACGACGAGCGCGCCAAGCUCCACGGCUUCGACGACGAACUUCACGCUCUCGAGGACGCCACCCGGUCCAAGAACGCCCGCAUCGCCGAGGAGAGCCUCGAGAUGCAGAAGCUUGGCCAUCAAGUGGACAAGUUCCACAAGGAGCAGGAGUCGGCUGUGCAGAGAGUGGCCGCCAUGGAGAAGGAGCACGAGUGGAUCGCCGACGAGAAGGACAAUUUCGGACGCACAGGAACACCCUACGACUUCAAGGGCCAGAACAUCGCUGAGUGCAAGGCCACCCUGCGCAACCUGACAGAUCGCUUCCAAGGCAUGAAGAAGAAGAUCAACCCCAAGGUUAUGAACAUGAUCGAAAGUGUCGAGAAGAAGGAGGUCUCGCUCAAGCACAUGAUGAAGACGGUCAUCCGCGAUAAAAAGAAGAUCGAGGAGACCAUCAUCAGUCUUGACGACUACAAGAAGAAGGCCCUCGAGGAGACGUGGACAAAGGUCAACGGCGACUUCGGCCAGAUUUUUAAUGAGCUCCUGCCCGGCAGUUUCGCCAAGCUGGAUCCUCCCGAAGGCAAGUCAAUCAGCGACGGUCUGGAGGUCAAGGUCUCGCUUGGCAAGGUGUGGAAGCAGAGCUUGACUGAGCUUUCUGGUGGACAAAGAUCACUCAUCGCCCUUUCACUCAUCAUGGCCCUGCUGCAGUUCAAGCCCGCGCCCAUGUACAUUCUCGACGAGGUCGACGCAGCUCUCGAUCUGUCACACACGCAAAACAUCGGUCGCCUGAUCAAGACGCGCUUCAAGGGCUCGCAGUUCAUCGUCGUCUCUCUCAAGGACGGCAUGUUCCAGAACGCGAACCGUAUCUUCCGCACUCGCUUCAGCGAAGGAACCAGUAUGGUUCAGGCGCUGACGCCUGCCGACCUUAAGUAA